ACAAAUGAAAUAGAAGAGAGACACUGACCCAGAUGACGAGUUAGGCCAUGGAGUGCUCCAACCGACAUGAAACUGUGUCUGUUUUGUUACAUUUUAGUAGAAUGCAUGUCUUAAAAUCUUCCUGUGGACAUGCAUGUUGAAGGUGGCGUGAGUGUGAACGGGUAGUGAUGGUGCUCAACAUGUCUGAGGAGGAAGUGACCAACUGUACCAUCAACCAUAAAGUCCACCAGUACGUUUUCUCCAGUGUGUACAUUCUGGUGCUCACGGUUGGUGUUCCCUCCAACAUCUACUCUCUGUACCACGCUGCUGUGCAGCUGAAGCAGAAGAACGAGCUGGGAGUUUAUCUGAUGAACCUGACAGUGUCUGAUCUGUUGUACCUGGCAUCCUUACCACUAUGGCUGCAGUACUUCUUCCAG